GCUUCUCACACACAUGUAGGCCAUAUAUAUGCGCUCUCUCUCUCUCUCACACACACCCCUCCUUCUGCCAGACUCCCAGGCCAAGCAGCGUCACCAUACGGAACAUCCUGCCCUCAACGGAGAGGGGGAGGAGAGAGAGAGCCUGAGUGUGUGCACACAGAGAGAGGGGUAGAGAGAGGCUGUCUGUGUAUUAAGAGAGAGAAAGAGACGAGGUCUGGCGUCUCCCGGUAGUAAAUCUAUCAGGUCUCGAGCACAAAAACUCGGAGAGACAGACAGAGAAGAGGGAGAAGAGGCCUCGAAGAACUCUCAUUUCUUAAGCCUAGCCUACUGGUUACCUGGAGCAGCAGCCGCAGCAGCAGCGCGUGAAGCCUCGGAUUAAAAAGACCGACUAGAAGACGGAUGGUCGCGCGGACGGGCUGCGCGCUCUGACGUUGGACAGACUGAGACUGCCGAGACACCGACAGCAAGCAGCAGUAGCUUUUGUUCCCCCCACCUCCCCGACCCGUGAAGGCAGCGGCGGCACCGGGAGGCUGUGACCGCGCACCCCAAUUAUGAAGCUGCCUUGGCUAUUGGCGCUCACAGCGCUGCUUGCUCACACCGCCACGGGACAGACGUGGUCGCCGUCUAUCGAUGACGAAGGCUCAACAAGAGACGAGUUCUACGACGAUGAGGACCUUUACUCGGGCUCCGGCUCUGGCUUUCCUGAGAUCAGUAUGAGUCCGACAUCUGCGGGUGUGUCCUUCACCACAGAAGAGCCCCUCCUCCUCUCCACCACCCAGGCCACAGGCCCCGCCCCCUCCGCCUCACCUGCAGUUGAGCCGAGCCCCAACCCGGAGGACCCCACUGCCACCCCGCUGCCCACCGAGGCCGAUGGAGAAAGCGGUGUGUUCUGGGAGAGGGAGAGAGAGCUUGAGAAGGAGAAAGAGUUAGAGAGGGAGCAAGAGAUUCUGAGGGAACUGGAGAAGGAGAGACGUGAAAGAGAGCGAGAGAAAGAGAGAGAGAGGCAGAGAGAGCGUGAGCUUGAAAGAGAGAGAGAGCUUGAGCGAAUCAAGGCCGCCUCCCAGACCACCGCAGCCCCACGAUCCCCUGCUGCCAUCCCCGUGGUGACCACCAACCCGGCAACCAGCCCUGCAGAAAGUGCAGCGCCCUCUGCCGGUUGGGAUGACCUGAGCACCACAGAAGAGGAAGAAGACGUCUACCUGUCACCUGAGCCCUCAGCGUUUUUCCCAGGCUUCGACCUGGAAACCAUCACAGAGGAAGACACAUCCACCACAACAGAGAUUACCCCUGAGCCCACAACAGCUGCACCCACCACCACCACCGCCGCCACCACUGUCAAAACCAGGGUCCCCUUCAGGCCCAGAGUUCCCAUGACGACUGCUACUCCGGCAGUGCCAACAGAGAGAACGAGCCGCCCACAGCAGCCCACAUCUACACAGGAGGGUAACAACGAGGCGGGUGCUGCAGGACCGAGUGGAGAUUUUGAAAUCCGUGACGAUCGGCGUAAUGAGCUUGGUCGAGGUAUAAUGCCAGUGGAUCCUGAUCUGAUUGGUAACACAGUGGAUGGAGGAAGCUCUGCCGCCCAGCUGCCACAGAAGAACAUCCUGGAGAGAAAAGAGGUCUUGAUAGCGGUGAUAGUGGGAGGAGUAGUGGGCGCCUUGUUUGCUGCCUUCCUGGUGAUGUUGCUGGUGUACAGGAUGAAGAAGAAGGACGAGGGCAGCUACACACUAGAGGAACCCAAACAGGCCACCGUCACCUACCAGAAACCAGACAAGCAGGAGGAGUUUUAUGCAUAACACUCAUAUGCCAGAGAGACACACCGCACACAGGGGGAGAGAGAAAGAGUGAGACAGAAGAGAAAGAUACUCUAAGCCCCUGUCCUCCUCCUCCUCCUCCUGCUCUUCUUCGUCGCCUCCCCCUCAUCUGCUCGCCUCUCCUUAUCUCUCUCUCCUCUUGUCUCCGAAACACUUGAGAGCGCCUCUCUCUCUACAGACUUGGAACUUUCUUUUCAAUGAAAAUGAAAAAAAGAGGACAAAAAAAAGAAAAAAAAAUCCAAAUAUAUUCUGAAAAAAUAACACAUACACACAAGAUGUUUUUAAAGUAAAUGUUGUUAUUAAUAUUCUACAGAUUCUCUUGUUCUGUAUGUAAUGAUAUGAUUAUUUUGUAAGAAAAAAACAAAACACAAGCUCUUAACCUGUGUUUUCCAGCACAAAAAAAGUUCUUCCUCUGUUUUUAUGGAGCGAAUGGAAAGGCAAAAAAGAAAGAGAAGAGUGGCAAGGCGAGCUGAGCGAGACACAAAAGAAAAGGAAAGAGAUGGGCUCGACUCUGCCCCUCACCCCCCGAAAAACACACAGAGCGUCUGGUUGGCCGCACAGAGCCCAGGGUCAAAGGUGAGAGGAAAGGUCUCUUUUGUGCCUUCCAUCGCUCUGGUGCGCAAAGACACAUACGCACAUUCAUACAGCCACAUAAACAAAUGCUUACCUAGAUGCACAUGCAUACAUGCACACUCACUUGUAUCUGCUUUAAGGUGGCUCUGACCUCUCUUUCUGUGCUCGGCCAACCAGAAAACAGUGCUCAACCCUCUGUGUGUUUCACAACGUCGAGGAGCCGCUGUGGAACAUUAGCUGGUCGCAUAGAGGUUUGCUCACGCGUCUAAUCUGCUCCUCUAAGCUGUACAAAGACUAGUUACAAAUAGUAAUAAUAACCAAUAAUAUAUCAAUGUUUUGGGCUGGAUGGUGAAUAAUAAUAAAAAAAAAUAAUAAUAUCAUAAUAAUAAUAUUAAUAAUAACACUUAAACAGGAGGAUGUGUAUUUAGCAGUUUAAAAAAAAAGUUUAUAUGUAAAUAUCAACGUAUCCUUUCUGGCAUCACUAACCAUCUGCAUGAUCAUGAAGAGUUUUUUUAUUCAUCACAUCCGUCAUCACUUUAGAUGAGCUGUGCUCUCGUCAGCCACACACAAACACACACACACACACACACACACACACACACACACACACACACACAACAAGUGCAGACAUAUAACUUGCUGUUUAUUUAAAUACACAACACAGACAGAGUUUACUGUCAUUCAUAUCAUUCAAACACAGAUCAGACCCAUAAUCAUCGUCAUUGUGAUAGUCAUCACUUGUGAUAUGAGCGAGAUCAGGUGGUUUCAAUAUGUUAUUGAUUAGUUAUAGAUCAGUUGUCGGUUGGUUUAGAGUUUGGUCUGUUUGUGUAAAAGCACAACUACGUGUCCAGUCAUCCGAUAUCGCCCACCCCCACCCCACCUCACCUCCGCAAAGCACCUUUUGCAUGCCUCACUUUGUUUUUCUUCCAUCAUUGGCUCUCUGUUUGGGGAUGGGAGGGGCCUCUGGGAAGCGGGAUGGGCUGUAAUGGAAAACAGGAAGUGCGCCUCUGCGUGGGAAGUUGCUCCCACAUGCGCUAAUUCAAUCAAAAUCAUAACUUUUGUCAUUAAAGCAGAGAUGAAACAGACUUUGAAUUAGUGUUUAUGGGGUCAACUUUAACCUGCUGUUGGACUCUGUUUGGGGAGGGGACAAUGGGGGAAAGGGGUUUGGUUUGGGAAGGGGAAUAUGAAAAGACAGGAGGGCUGUGCUUCUAUCUAAGAGAUUGUAACAAUAACCACACCAGUGCGACUGGGCUAGUAGCUUCUAUUAUACUCAGUACUGUAGAACAAAAUGCAUGGGAGUCAAAAUUAUACUAGUCUGGGUGUGUGUGGAUGCCUGUUGUGUUUUUGUGCGUUUGAAAGAAAAGAGGGUUGAGUUUAAGUUGGAAUGUACUGUGGUUGAGUGUGUGUUUACCUACUCCAGCAGUUCUCACGCUCUUCCACAGACAGGUAACACACCUCUUCCACUCCUGUGUGUGUAUGUUGCCUGCCCCCUUGCCAGUGUGAGAAUAUGUGUGUGUGUACACCUCAUCUAAACGCGCCACCUGUGUGUGUGUGUGUAUGUGUGCUUGAGUGCUUCACCUUGGUAUUUCACAGCAGACUCUUGUGUACACUGACUAGCCUGUCGACGUGUGUGUGUGUGUGUGUGUGUGUGUGUGUGUCUGCCUGCGAGUGUUUAGUCUGUUCACUGCUGAAUGAGGGGCAGCUGGUCCCUAACAGUGGCUUUCACACACACUGACUGUGUCUUUUCACUGUCUGACUGUCUGUCUUUCUGCCGCAGGACAGACGGACAGACAACACGCCACUUUCUCACAGGCAGGAAUGAUCUUAACACGUACUGUCUUUUUUAAAGUGACUGUCAAAGUGUAAACGUGUGUUUGUACCCAUCUAAGCCUGCGUAGCCAAAUAAGACGUGUGUGUGUGUCUGUGAGAGAGGGUAAAUUUGUACGUGUGUGAGUGUAGGUAUGCAUGUGUGUGUGAAGCCCAACGGAGGCUACACUACUCUAUGUUUGCUGUUCCCAUUCCUGUUUUUAUACAUUUGCAUUUUUUUAAGGCUGAGUUUCUGUCAUUGGCUGAGUGAGCGAGAGGAGGCGUAUCCUCCACGCCACCGCCCUGUCACUAAUCUGCCACUCUGUUCCAAAUA